GGCGGUUCCGGGGUUCCGCGCAGCCGCAGUAGCAGCAGCCCCGGCGCCGGAGGCCCGCCCCUUCCGGGUCACUUCCGCCUGCCCCGCCCGGGCCGCCAGACCGGAAGCGCUCGGACCCUGUCGCCGGAGCUGAGAGCCGGGUGCUGCCAAGAUGCCGGCCUACCACUCCUCCCUCAUGGACCCCGACACCAAGCUCAUCGGGAACAUGGCCCUGCUGCCCAUCAGAAGCCAGUUCAAGGGACCUGCCCCGCGGGAGACAAAAGAUACAGAUAUUGUGGAUGAAGCCAUCUAUUACUUCAAGGCCAAUGUCUUCUUCAAAAACUAUGAAAUUAAGAAUGAAGCUGACAGAACCUUGAUAUAUAUCACUCUCUACAUUUCUGAGUGUCUGAAGAAACUCCAGAAGUGCAAUUCCAAAAGCCAAGGUGAGAAGGAAAUGUAUACCCUGGGAAUCACUAACUUCCCCAUUCCUGGAGAGCCUGGUUUCCCACUGAACGCAAUUUAUGCCAAACCAGCUAACAAACAAGAAGACGAAGUGAUGCGGGCCUACCUGCAGCAGCUGAGGCAGGAGACGGGCCUGCGACUCUGUGAGAAAGUCUUUGACCCUCAGAACGAUAAGCCCAGUAAGUGGUGGACUUGCUUCGUGAAGAGACAGUUCAUGAACAAGAGUCUCUCCGGACCUGGUCAGUGAAGGGGCCUCGGCGGGCACUGUCUCCACGGCCUCGGGCAGCGUUUCCCAGCAAGAUGUACACAGUUCUUUGCCUUUAUUUCGUAAAGUUUUAUACAGAAAAGAGCAUGUCUUUACUUGAAAAUCUCUUUACCCAGAAUUGGGGCGGGGUGGGCAGGGAACG